AUGGUACCAGGCUGGUCGUGUGCCAUAUCCAAACGACGACUACCUGAAUCCUCGUUCAAGAAGAACAAGACCAAGUCGAGAGUCGAAAAGAAGUCUGCCAUAGCUCAAUCCACAUACAUCGACUACAAGUGUACCCUUUGCAACAGUGUCAACACAAUCAAGUCGGAUACACAACCACCAGCCAGACGUAGCAAAUCGAAAAAGCCAUUGCCAGAAAGCAAGCCAAAUGUUGCUCCUCAAGCGGUUCAGAUAAACACUUCAACGACCAUCAAGCCGACCAUAGCAACAACAAGUACUCCAAGUCCUGCUUCUUUUACUACAAUCUCUUCGUCCUCGGAGCAAGCCCGUGGAGCAACAGACAAGAAGCGAAACCGCAAACAGAAACUUGGAGGUCUACAAGCCAUGCUAGCGAAAUCAAAGGCUCCAUCUGCAACACCCAAAGGGUUCGACUUUAUGGACUUUAUGAAGACGACUUGA